CCCACCAGUGCGAGGAUUAAAGUUGGUUUUUACAUAAUGGAUUAUCCAAGAUUAAGUGUUUUAUUCAGGCGCAAGAGCAAAAAUAACCAAUUAGUGACUUUGCAGAUUCCUUAUUUAAAGGCAGCUGGAGGGCAAUUGACACAAAACUCUCCUGCUACCUGCAGCCUAAAGACUGAAGCAAAGUGGUCUCAAGGAUCUCCAGCAUCUCCACCCCAUCCAGAAUGAAAUACGCGCAGUACGUUUUCCUGGCCUCGGUCUUCUCCACUGUUGGAUAUAGCCUAGCUCAGACCUGCGCAGUGGAGUCUUUCUCUGUGAAAGACAAUUUUGAUCCAAAAAGGUAUGCAGGGAAAUGGUAUGCCCUGGCCAAGAAGGAUCCAGAAGGCCUUUUCCUUCAGGACAACAUCUCUGCUGAAUACACCGUGGAGGAAGAUGGCACAAUGACAGCGUCUUCCAAAGGCCGAGUGAAGCUUUUUGGUUUCUGGGUGAUCUGUGCUGACAUGGCUGCUCAGUACACCGUACCUGACCCAACCACUCCAGCAAAAAUGUACAUGACCUACCAGGGACUGGCCAGCUACCUCUCCAGUGGUGGGGACAACUACUGGGUGAUUGACACCGACUACGACAACUACGCCAUCACCUACGCCUGCCGCAGCCUGAAGGAGGACGGCUCCUGUGACGACGGCUACUCCCUGAUCUUCUCACGCAACCCCCGCGGCCUCCCCCCGGCCAUCCAGCGCAUUGUGCGCCAGAAGCAGGAAGAAAUCUGCAUGUCUGGCCAGUUCCAGCCCGUGCUGCAGUCAGGGGCCUGCUAAAAGUAUACUUCUGAUCCUAUCCUUAAGCUCAGAAACCAGACCUCUUGGUCUUGAAGUUGCCACUCAGCUAAUAAAAAAAUAAAAUCAUAGGACUAGUGUGUUUUUCCCGAAAAACACAUGAAAAUAUUGGGGGAU